GUGCUGCAGUAAAACAAGAGGACUGGCUCAAAGGUUCUUGAAACCUAGCAACAAAUAUUAGUAGCAGGCAGUAGCUUCUAGGAGGCUUCCAGCACUUGUAGUGACUUCUAGGCCUUCUAGUUUUAGCUUCUACAACCAGUCUACAACGAACACGCAUCGUCUGGCCACACUGAACGUCCUCUGGUGUUUUCGUUUUCGGCGUUUUCGGGGACAUUCCGAAGGCUUGUCUAACAACAGGUCGGCACUUUGAGACAGUCAUGCUAGGCCUCGUCCGCGGGGCCGCAGGGCGAUGUCUGCGGCCGGCCUGGCGUCAUCACACGUCCCCGGCGGUGGCCCGUCGUCUGAUCAGCCAGGAUGUAAUGAAACAGCUGGAGGCCAUAGUGGGCGCGAAGAAUAUAAGUGCUGCCGGUGCUGUGCGCGAACAGCACGCCCGCGACGAAAGUGCUCAUCCUCUGGCACGACCUGAUGUGGUCGUAUUUCCCGAGUCUACGGAACAGGUUAGCAACAUCUGCAAGACCUGCUACAGCAACGAUAUCCCCAUGGUGGCAUUCGGUGCUGGAUCGGGCCUUGAAGGGGGCGUUCAGGCGCUUAAAGGUGGCGUCUGCAUUGACGUUACUCACAUGGACAAGGUGCUUGAAGUCCACAACAACGACUUCGAUGUCGUUGUCCAACCAGGCGUGACAUGGCGUAAUCUCAACAUGCACAUCCGCGACACCGGCCUCUGGUUCCCCAUCGACCCUGGUGCAGACGCCUCACUUGGUGGCAUGUGCGCAACCAGUGCAUCGGGGACGAAUGCUGUCCGUUAUGGAACUAUGAGAGAGAACGUGACAAAUUUGGAAGUGGUUCUACCGAAUGGAACAGUCAUAUACACUGCUGGCAAAGGACGCAGGACGAAGAAGACUUCGGCUGGUUACAACCUGACAAACCUAUUUGUGGGCUCUGAAGGAACACUCGGAAUCAUCACACAGGCGACACUACGGCUUCACUCCACCCCCGACGUCGUCAUGGCGGCUACCUGUUCGUUUCCGACUGUUAUGGCGGCUAUCGACACAACAGUGCAAAUCCUUCAGAGCAACAUUCCCAUGGCCCGUAUAGAGUUCCUCGACGAUGUUGCGGUCAAAGCCUGCAACACCUACAGCAAGACCUCCUUCGCCGAACUUUCAACAUUGUUUUUAGAAUUUAAUGGCACUGACGCAGCAGUCAAGGAGCAGGUUGAACUCGCCAUGGAAAUUGCGCAGGGCAACGGUUCAUCAAACUUUCAGUGGGCCAAAGAAAUCGAAGAUCGCAACAAGUUAUGGAAAGCACGCCAUGCUAUUUUUUAUGCUACGUGCGCACUCAAGCCAAACACUCGAUGCUAUGUGACGGAUGUUUGUGUUCCUAUAUCGAACCUCUCAGAUCUAGUCGCAUCAGCGAAAGAGGACAUUAUUUCGAGCAAAGUCAUCGGCACAGUCCUCGGACACGUAGGAGACGGUAAUUUCCACAGCAUGAUGCUGUUUGAUCCAAAUAAGCCAGAAGAACGGGAGAAUGUCUACGCUGUGGCUACCAGAAUGGCCUUGCGUGCGCUCGAGCUCGGUGGUUCUUGCACGGGAGAACACGGAAUCGGAAUCGGAAAGCAAAAGUUGCUUGUUGAGGAAAUAGGUGCAGAGGGUGUAGAAAUCAUGAAGACUUUAAAAAAAACGCUGGAUCCAAAAAAUCUCAUGAAUCCUGGAAAAGUAUUCAUGCCAGACUGAUUCAGCGUAAACACAUCUUGUCCCUAGAAAAAUCUGCGGCAUAAAAAUACGGUCUCAUGUCCUGCUAUUGAAAUUUUUAGACACAUUUCGAAGAGAUGCUACAAGAAUCUUAUUUGAGGUCCCCUGGUUAAGUACAGUUCUCAAACAUGGAAUAAAUGUUGGAUUUUGCUCAUUUAAAAUCUAGUGCAUGCCACAUGUGCACUCCUACUGUAUUUAUGCAGUGUGGACUCUAGCAGGUAUUUGUAUAGCUGUUGCGGAAAACUGUUGGACAGCCCAGCAUUGCAUAAGACACAGCAAUGUACAUGUAGCUACAGUAGUACAAUUUUACCAGAACCCCCCUCAAAAAGCAGCCCAUAGGGGUGUGCCCCCCUCCACCAAUGUGAAGAUCCUGGGAUACCGUAUUUACUCUCAUAUUCUGCGCCAUCGCAUAAUUUGUGCACCUCCUCCUAGUUUAGCACUAAAAAGGAAAACAAAACAAAAUCGCGUAAUUUGAGCGGAUAUCUGGCACGCGCGUUGACCAGGGUUGCCAGGUCAAAAUCCUGAAAAGUCUCCAACGCAUGUAGUGUACCAAAGUACAGAAAGUAGCCAAGAGUAGCCAGUUCCCGUGUUAUGUAGCAAAUCCUGUAGCCAGUGGUGUGCAGGCACAAUUCAAAACAUAUUUCACUCAUUAAAGAGUCCUAAACUAAAAAAAUGAAGGAGUCUUUAACGGUGCCAAAAACACCAGCACACAAACAAAACAGUUAAAAGGACAUCCUAUACCGGCUGAGAGAAGGCUGUUCGCCAAGGGAAACAGGAAUGAACACACUAUGUGUGCUUCGGCAUUAUGUGGUGGACAAUCACAAUUGUCCUGAUUUAGGUGGGCAGUGUGGUUCGAAGAAGUAUUCACAAAAGUAGCCACAAAAUAGCCAAGUUGCCAUUGCCGAAAUCAGAGAGCCCACGAGAGUCAGAACGAGACGAAACCACGAGAGUCAGAAAGUAGCCAAAUCUCACAACCGGAGAAUGCUUUUUGCAACGCCGUCAGUGCUGCUGAAGUUAUUGCAGUGCUGUUGUUUGAUUUGCGCACAAUUUUGGGUGAUGGUCCACUGGCGCGAUGGACGGUACUGUCACUCUAACUACAAAAUGCGGAAAGAAACACUGGACAAACACGCUAUGACAAACCUUACAGCACAUGACAAAGUUGGUUAACAUAGCGUAUUCUUGGUUGUCAUGUGCGACUAGCGGCGUCACAUAGUUGCGUAGCAAAUAAUUGCAUAUCCCAUUACAAUUCAAAUAGAAUACGGAAUCCUAUAUUCAAGUUUCAGCAAGGUCUCUUUCAAACUGAAUAUAUUCGAAUACAGCUGUGAAGGUGCACUCGUAGGUACAAGGACACCAGAAGAGCGGGUAUAAAACAAAGUGAGUGCUACUAUAUACAAAGACCCGUAUGCAUGUAUCGUGCUGUGUUUCCAUGUAUGUGUCGUGUACGUGUUCAGUUCAGGUACACAGGUAUUUGCUUCACAUUCACCUUGAUUACAUCACUGUUCCUUUCGUGUUCGAUUUAGUUCGCUUCGAGUAUGCAACUAUUCACUUGUGUUUUAAAAUUACUAUUCGUGCAACCCUGAGUACCAAGCCAUUUUGUCCAUGGCAUUUGUACAAUUCUAACACGCACUUCUUUUCUCAAAAUAUGCACUCAAACUGACAUGAAUGAUAUAAUCGAACUGAAAAACAGCAUUUUAUAGAAAACGAUUAAAAAGGUUGAUACCAGAUGAUGUUGCGGAGUUGUUGUGAUAGCGUGGUGUGAAGAACUGGGGUCGACUCUGGGAAGGUGCACUUUUGAUGAAGACGCAAGAACUUUUACUGUACAAAAUUCUGGGAGACAAAUGCAAGCAGCGGGUCAGAGUGUCAUCAAGCCUAGGCCCUAACAAUGACUCUCUCUCUCGUCUCGUUCAGGAACAAGCGCUCAUGGUCUCUGCACGCAACAAUGGCUACCUGCACUGCCAUGAAGCAUGCACUGUGCAAUGAUCAUAUUUUGAAUUGUUGUGUCUAUGAGUUUCGGACACAUAUCUUGCACAUGGUUUUCUUUUAGAUUGUUUCAAAAUUAGCUUCUGCAGCCCUUCACCAUGCAGAGAAAAUGAUUCAUUAUCACUAGAGUCCCUAACUUUCCACGAAUGCACAAAAUUCAGCGGAAGUGGCCAUGUCACGUGGAACCUGCUAUUUCCCUCAGGAUCAUCCGUUUUUCAUGGAAUAUUCGAUAUCUUACACAAGGAUUUCAAUCUAUCUGCAAGCACUGUCGCGGAUCCGCAACAUUUUCCAGGGGGGGGGGGGGGAGCAAAACUGUACGGCGGCGCUGUAUGCUUUUGGGCAUCUCAGAGAUGUAUGUGCAUGACUGGAGGAAACGACAGGACAGAAUUUUCACCAGCAAAGUAUUGAAGGAAGGCUUUAAUGGCCUCAAUUGAGGGCAUUUUCCCAAGCUAGAUGAUUCAUCCGCAGAGUAUGUCAAGGAUCUGCAACAGAGCAAAUUACCUCUCUCCUCGGGCAUGUGUGCGCGCAUUCUAUAAAUUGUAUUUUAUGAGGGAUGUGGCGUCGAGCCUCCUAUUUUUAUCUGUGCAGUAGCAUCGACAUCUAGUUAAUUCGUGGGUUUUCGGGACGUAAAUAUAUCCGCCAAUUACAAUACGGGGUGGGUUUAGAAUCAGUAUUUGAUGCACCUAGCUUGAAGUGUUGAGCAGAAACGUAUUAUGUACGAUAGACGUAGUGCACACACAAUACAAUCACCUAAUAUUCCAACAAUAAUAAUAUAUUCCAAUAACAAUAUUCCACGCCUAUGGCAUUUGAUCCUUCUAAUUCGUGCCGUAUAAUGCAUUCAAUUUCUUUACCCCAUUUUGUAUGGCAUUACCUCUGUACAAGCUGUAAAAUAAAACAUUUGAACUGAA